AGAACGCUGAGCUAGUGAGAAGUCCACCCUCAGAGCCAACAAUACAUCCCCGGCUAUACUUCGUCCGGCUGAUCCUGUGACGUCAUCAUGUUUCCGCUUCCGGUGUUCGCGCUUCUUCUGGUUCUACCCACAAUUCCCGCACAGCAAGGUCCAGCUGACUGUACGUUUGAGACCGGGCUGUGCUCUCUGUCCCAGGGUACUGAUGACGAGUUAGACUGGGAACGACGUCAGGGCGCCACGAAAUUCUACAAGACCCUGCCGUCACGUGACCACACCACCGGCACCCUGAGCGGCCAUUAUCUCGCCGUACGGUCCCCAGUCCUCCCACUCUACGCCCGAACCGCCCGCCUGGAAACUCCCGUCAUGCCCGGCGGCCGGAAGUGCCUAACCUUCUACUACCGGAUGGACGCAGGGUUCAUGGGAGACGCAGACAGAAACACAAUGAACGGACUGAACGUUUACGUCAUGUACGAGAAUGUACUGGGAGAUCCUGUCUGGAGCAUCAUGGAUGGAGACCUGUGGACAAGGGCACAGAUCACCAUAGCUGCACCCAGGGAUUUUCAGAUCCUGUUUGAAGGGACCGUGAAGUCACAGUUUGAAGGCAGCGUCGCCAUAGACGACAUCAGCCUGGCAGAGGGAGCCUGCGACGAGGACUGUAAAAACUCGUUCUAUGGCUGCUGUCCGGACGAGGUGACUGCUGCCGCCGGGCCGAACUAUCAGGGCUGCCGGCAGACCCUUGCUCUGGAGGCCGACGGCGGGCUGGACCAGGCACGGUUCGAGGAACUCUACGUGCGAAGUAGCGACUCUGCGGACUGUGAUUUUGAGACGGACCUGUGCGAGUGGCUUCAGGCCGGGGACAACAACAUGGACUUCACCCGCGUGAGGGGACAGGCUCGUACACUACAGAACACGCUGCCUGUAGCGGACCAUACUACAGGCACAGGUUCGGGCUGGUACCUGACCGUGGAGUCUCCGAUCGAGCCGUUCUACGCCCAGGCUGCCCGACUGUCUACCCGGCGGCUAGGGGCCUGGGGAGGGGAGGGGGAGAUGUGCCUGUCCUUCAGCUACCACAUGUCUGAGAAGAUACCUGGCUACUUCCCGGAGAAGUUCCCGGGCAGUACUAACGCCCUGUCUGUGUACGUGACUCCGGACGGAGAGCUGGGAGAACCGCUGUUCACCGGCUCAGAUAUCAUGGAGGGGGGAGACUGGAGGGAAGUCAGGGUUACCAUACCAGCGGAGGGGGAGUUCAGGAUCGUGUUCGAGGCUCUGAUCUUAUCUCAGUACACCGGAGACAUCUCCUUAGAUGACGUCAUGCUGGAUGCAGGCCCGUGUGAAGAUCUUGUUCACCCGUGCCAGAAGUCGCGGUUUGGCUGCUGUUCUGACGGCAGGACCAGAGCCAGAGGUCCGUCCGGGGAGGGAUGCCAGCGUCUGCAGACUGAAGUCAGAACGGUGCCGAAAGUGACCGUAUCAGACUGUACCCUGGAGCUGGGUGACCGGUUUGGGGCCUGCUGGAAAACCUACCAGUCCACAACCUACGCUCUCAGGAAGUCUGGCAAGAUGUCAGACGUGCCGGCUUUCUGCGCGGCUCACAAGACGCUGUAUACCUGUUACUAUGACAACGUGGACAGCCUGUGCGCGGACGAUCCGGACUUCGGUAACUUCAAGGCCAAGUUGCGCGACGACGUCGGCGGCGUGAACCGGAACUGCAGGCUGGGGCGGAACGGGGUCAGGAGGGGGAGGAGAGCUGUGCAGACGCCCGAGGAGGUCAUGCGGAUGCUGCGUUAG